UCAACUUUCUUUGUUCACAUAGAUAAGCUCCUCUGUACUUUGAACCUUAUUAUAGCAUUGUCCUGUCUUGGAAAACUUAAGCACUCAUAGCGAUGGCCAGAAAUGACUUGAAGCUUUUGGGUGCAUGGUUCAGUCCCUUUGCCCUGAGGGUGCAAAUUGCCCUUAACAUCAAAGGUUUGGACUAUGAGAAUGUUCAAGAGACCUUCAAUCCCAAAAGCGACCUGCUUCUUCAGUCCAAUCCUGUGCACAAGAAAAUCCCAGUUUUCUUCCAUGGAGAUAAACCCCUUUGUGAAUCUGCAAUCAUAGUUGAGUAUAUUGAUGAGGUUUGGACCAAUGGUCCCUCCAUUCUUCCUGCAAAUGCUUAUGACCGAGCUAAUGCACGAUUCUGGGGUGCCUACAUAGAUGACAAGUGGUUUAUGUCCAUGGUAAACAUUCUAACUGCUGAAGAUGAUGAAGCAAAGAAGCCAUACUUUGAGCAAAUGGAAGAAGUGCUUGUGAGGAUGGAAGAUGAGUUCAACAAGUGCAGCGAAGGAAAGGCCUUUUUUGGAGGAGAUAAGAUUGGAUUCAUUGAUAUUGCUUUUGGGAGCUUUUUGAGUUGGUUAUAUGUCACAGAGAAGAUGAAUGGAAAGAAGAUGCUUGAUGAAGCCAAGACUCCUGCUUUGGUCAAAUGGGCUUCAAGCUUUGCUGCUGAUCCUUCUUUGAAGGGUCUUCUACCAGAGACUGACAAGCUUAUUGAGUUUGCCAAGGUUCUUCAGCAAAAAUUGAGGGCUGCUGCUUCUGCCAAAUAAACAAUAUUGUUGAGAUGACUUGCUUUUCAAUUUGUUAUCUAAAUUUGGUUAUCCCUGUGUUUUCUUCUGCUUUUGGACUGUAAUGUUAAAAAACAAAUUAGACAUAUUUGAACUGGUUUGCUUAUUAUGUAUGGAGAAUCAAUCCAUUUACAAUGCCAAAUUUGGAUAAAAUCCAUGUCCCAACCUAAAUAAAGAAAGGUUUCGGCAGCA